AUGAUGCUGGUGCCGAAAGCGCCUCGCGGGCCUCCGCUUCUGACUGUGCUCGUGCUCGUGGCCUCGCUGGCCGCUGCGGCCCGGGCCUCGUCCCUCCCGCUCGCCGAUCGCCAAAGGAGCUACGAGUCCGAGGAGGAGCUGGAGGACCGCGACGACAGCGGCAACGAGGACACCUACUACGUCGGCGCCGCCAAGCAGUUCAAUCUCAUACCCGAGGAGCGGGUGACGUACGACGGCGCCCAGAUCUGGAGGAUCGCCGCCGACUCCGGCAAGGACGAGUUCCUCGACUAUCUGCAGGACAGAGGAGAUCUGUCGCUGUGGAGCGGCAACCGAUCGCUCAUCGACGUCCUCGUGCUGCCGGACGUCAUCCCGCGAGUCUCGCGCUUCCUGCGCCAGAGAAACAUCGACUACGACGUCGUGAUAACCGACCUGCAGCUGGCCAUAAACCAGGAGAAUCCCGUCAGGACGCCCGAGGAGAUCGACGAGCUCGUCGGCAGAAACGGACACCGUAUGGAGUGGGACAGCUACCACAGGCUCGAGGAUAUCCACGAGUACAUGGAUUACCUGGCCAAUACCUAUCCACAGGUCUGCUCGGUCAUGUCGAUCGGAAAAUCCGUUCAAGGUCGAGAUCUAAAAGUAAUACGCAUAAGCCGCGGCUUGUCGAACGCACCGGCCCUCUGGAUCGACGGUGGUAUCCACGCGCGCGAGUGGAUUUCACCGGCCGCCGUGACUUAUCUAAUCGAUUACCUGGUCGAGCACAGCGAUCAGCUGCAGGAGGACUAUUACAUUCUGCCGGUGGUCAAUCCUGACGGAUACGAGUACACCUUCCGCGGCGACCGACUCUGGCGCAAGAACCGGGCCAAUCCGCAGAAGGGCGGCUCCUGCAUCGGCGUCGAUCUCAAUCGCAACUUCGGCUAUCGCUGGGGCGGCAUGGGCACCAGCAAGCAGCCCUGCCGCGAGAUUUACGCGGGCUCCGGCGCCUUCUCCGAGCCCGAGACUCGCGCCAUCAAAGACUUCUUCCAGACGAGCGCCGCCAAUUUCCAGGCCUACCUGACGUUCCACAGCUACGGCCAGUACAUCCUGUACCCGUGGGGCUACGACAGGCGGGUGCCGCCGGACUACAAGGAGCUCGAGGCCGUGGGCCGGCGCAUGGCCGAGGCGAUGAGGCUCGCCGGGGGCGCCAACAGCCACUACACCGUCGGCAACAGCGCCACGACUCUGUACGCUGCGGCCGGCGGCGCCGACGACUGGGCCAAAGCCAACCAGAAGAUCAAGUACACGUACACGGUGGAGCUGCGCGACCGAGGCCAGAACGGCUUCGUGCUGCCGGCCAAGUACAUCAAGCCCACGGCCGAGGAGGCGAUCGCCGCCGUCCAGGUCGUCGCCAAGGCCAUUCGCGGCGCCUCCUCGUGA